UCUAACUUCCGUGGAUCAUUUUAUUUAGCCAUAUUAAGAGUGCUUUUGCGAUUAACGCAGGCAAAUGCAUAACUURUGAAAUAUGAAAUAAGCUUGAACUCAUUUCAGCUUAUUUUUCAGUACGAUGGACAAAGGAUUCAAUAGUAUUUGAAGGCGACAAUGGCGACUGCAGCUUCGAGUGAUUGUUUGCGGAGUUCUUCUCUCUCAGAAGCCGAAGUGAACAUUCUUUAUAGAUCUCUACAGUUAUCAGUAGAUUACAUAUGGCAUCGUAUAAGCUUGGAGGUCGAUCAAAGUCAGUUAGCCAGUUUACAACAAUAUUUUCCUGUUUCAACUCAGCCGUCCAGUUUGGGACAGAUAAGCUUAAGCUUACUUAACUUUGGGGCCUCUCACAUAGAGGGCAUAUUGCUUUCGAAAGACAUUGUUCAACGUCUUCAUUUGACCCCUUCAACUGUUCAUUCAACAUUCAAACAUUGCGCAGAGGUGAUAUUUGAUGGAGAAAUAAACUGGUUCAACAUCAUCGGCUUGUUCGCUUUCAGUGGCAUCUUCGCAAAUCAUUUUGUGAAAAAUUACAAGUCUGAAAUGGCGUUGUUAAAAACGCUACCGUAUUUAGUUCCUGACUUUUUUGGAGACCACAGAUCCAUUCUAACUUGGAUUAUAGAAAAUGGCGGAUGGGAUGGUUUCCUUUAUGCGAGUUCAAAUAAAUUUGGUGUGACAACAAUGUUACUUAAGUUGGCACAGUUCCCAUGGAUUUACAGAGGAAGCGCAAGGUACAUAUAAGUUAACUAUUAUAAUGAUUGUAAUAGUAGCAACCAAUUACAUUGUAAUUCAUGAUGCUGUGGCUGCUCAAGACAGCAGUUCUACGAAAGUCAGCCAGUCAGAGCUAAUUAAUUUGAUUCUUUAAAAUAAUUUCAAUUUUCUU